AUGCUCAACAUUUGUUUUUGCAUGUUCAUCCGAACAAUAAGAAUGUGCGAAUCUAUUGCAUUUAUUUUGAAGUUUUUGGUAAAUUCUAAGGAGUCUAUUUCAAAAAGUAUACCGAAAUCAAAGCUUAAGAAUUAAAUUGAAUUGGCAGGGAAUUAAAUAUAAAAAAGGCAUUAUUUUAGGAAUUGCAUAAGAAAGAAGAAUCUAUGA